AUGAUCGACAAGGAGCAGAAUCCGAAGGUGAGGCUGGAACAGCUGAUCGGGGCCAGUUGUGUCAGGAUUGAGUACAGGGAUUUGCCUGGGACGGGGGAGAGGUUUGUGGAUAAGCAGCCGCAGUUUGGGAUUGGCGUGUAUUUCACGGGGUGGGGGGAGGAGAAUCUUUUGCUGGGGGAGGCAUGGGAUUUUGGUAAGAAGAGUGCCGGGCACAGGGCGGCGGAGAAGGCUUGUGGGCAUCCGAUGGUGGUGGGGAGGUUGGUGGAGAGGAAGAGGGCUUAUAUGGCCAAGAGGGCCAUUGAGAGGACGACGGAGGAGGAGGAGGUGAAGGAGGAGGAGUGA